AUGGAUAGAUAUGGAUUUACUGCGGCAGACAUUUGCAAUGUAGAUGAGACAAGAGUAUCCACUGUGCUGAAGCCAAAUAAAAUUGUAGCUGCCAAAGGAGCAGGCAAUGCUAGUGGAUGGGUUACAGACGAAGAAUUCUAUCAGUUUAUGCAACAUUUUAUAAAACAUGUGAAACCGUCCAUGGAGCGCCCUGUUUUGUUAGUGUUGGAUAAUCACUCCUCUCACUUGAACGUGGAGACACUAAAUUUGGCCAAAGAGAACGGAGUGGUAAUGUUGUCCUUUCCACCACAUUGUAGCCAUAAAUUACAACCGUUGGAUGUGUCAGUCUUUGGACCGUUCAAAAAGUAUUGCGCUGCUGCUCAAGAUGCAUGGCUACGAAACAACCCGGGUAAAACCCUUACUAUUUAUGACAUACCAAAAAUUGUCGCUGAUUCGUUGCCGUUUGCUCAGAUAAGUAUAAAUAUUGUCAACGAUUUCCGAAAGACGGGCAUCUUCCCGUAUAAUGCAAACAUUUUUGGUGAGGAUGAGUUUUCACCAUCAUUUGUAAGCGAUCGUCCUGAACCAGAAAUUAUCGAGCAGGAAAAAAACAUCCAGAGCAAGGUGUGA